CCGCCGCGUCCUUUUGCGCGCGCCCAAUGGCCGGAAAGUUGCAGUCCCUGUUGCCGCCGAUCCUGCUGGCUGUGGCGGGCCUCAGCGGCCUCUUGCUGCUGUGCGUCCCCACCCGUGACGUCCGGGAGCCGCCCGCUCUCAAGUAUGGCAUUGUCCUAGAUGCUGGCUCUUCACAUACGUCCAUGUUUGUCUACAAGUGGCCAGCAGACAAGGAGAAUGACACGGGCAUCGUGGGCCAGCACAGCUCCUGUGAUGUUCAGGGUGGGGGCAUCUCCAGCUAUGCAGACAAUCCUUCUGCGGCUGGCCAGAGUCUGGUUGAAUGCAUGGAGCAGGCACUUCGGGAUGUGCCCAAAGACAGACACUCCAGCACGCCCCUCUACCUGGGAGCCACGGCAGGCAUGCGCCUUCUCAACCUGACCAGUCCGGAGGCUGCAUCAAGUGUGCUAGCGGCAGUGACACGGACGCUCAGCCAGUACCCCUUUGAUUUCCGCGGUGCGCGCAUCCUCUCUGGCCAGGACGAAGGGGUGUUUGGCUGGGUGACUGCCAACUAUCUCCUGGAGAACUUCAUCAAGUUCGGCUGGGUGGGCCGGUGGUUCCGGCCAAGGAAGGGGACGCUGGGGGCCAUGGACCUGGGGGGUGCCUCCACACAGAUCACCUUUGAGACAACUAGCCCAGCUGAGGAUCCAGCCAAUGAGGUCCACCUUCGGCUCUAUGGCCAGUACUACAGCGUUUAUACCCACAGCUUCCUCUGUUAUGGCCGAGACCAGGUCCUCCAAAGGCUGCUGGCCAGUGCCCUCCAGACAUAUCACUUCCAUCCCUGCUGGCCGAGGGGCUAUUCCACCCAAGUGCUGCUCAGGGAGAUAUACCAGUCACCGUGCACCAUGGCUCAGCGGCCCCCGAACUUCAACAGCAGUGCCCGGAUCAGACUGUCAGGGACCAGCAACCCUGCCCUCUGCCGUGACCUCGUCUCUGGGCUCUUCAAUUUUUCCUCCUGCCCCUUCUCCCGCUGCUCCUUCAAUGGGGUCUUCCAGCCCCCUGUGACUGGGAACUUUAUCGCCUUCUCUGCUUUCUACUAUAUUGUGGACUUCCUCAGGACUGUGAUGGGGCUGCCUGUGGGGACCCUGCAGCAGCUGGAGGCAGCCACAGUGACUCUCUGCAACCAGACAUGGACUGAGCUGCAGGCCCUGGGGCCCAGGCAGGAGAGCCGCCUGGCCAGCUACUGCGCGGGGGCCGUGUUCGUACAACAGCUGCUCAGCCUCGGGUACCGCUUUGACGAGCGCGCCUACAGUGGAGUACUCUUUCAGAAGAAAGCAGCAGACACGGCGGUGGGCUGGGCCUUGGGCUACAUGCUGAACUUGACCAACCUGAUCCCUGCGGACCGGCCGGGGCUUCGCAAGGGCACCCACUUCAACUCCUGGGUCGCUCUCCUGCUGCUUUUCUCCGUGUUGCUCGUGGCUGCUCUGGUCCUGCUGUUGCGCCAGGUGCGUUCUGCCAAGUCACCCGGCGCCAUCUAGGGGUGUCGGGGGAGCUGCUGGCGAAUCUGCAGUACCCCUCACCCUCCAUCCACCCACCAUGUCUCUGGCCCUGAGCUAGCUGGCACCGAGACACUCCGAUGCCCACAGGCACAACAACUUGCAGGUGGGCUUUUGCGGCUCACUCCAGCUUGUUCAGUCCCUGAAGCCCCCCCUCCUUCACGCCUGGAGUUCACAUUAUUCCUCCUCUCUCUUUUCUUGGGGUAUCCUUUGGCCUGGGACUCAGCGUCAGGCAUUCAAGGAAUGGGACCUUUGUUCUGAUCAUCCGGGCCCUGGGAACUUCCCCUCGGGUCUGGGCUUGUAAGUGGAGCAUCAGAGCCUACUAGUUAGGAGCCAGCUCAGCACCUACAUGUACAAAUUUUGUAA